GCCUCCUCCUCCUGUCCUCCAUCCCUGCUCCUCCAAUAACACACCACCAUGGCUGAGACAGUUGGACCUAAGACCCCCCUAAACACUCCACGGGGUAACAACCACCCAGGGGUAACCUCCCUCCCCCCAGAGCCCAUCCAAAUCAUCCGCACCAAGGCCCGCUCCAGGAGGGUCCGCAUCAACGUGGGAGGUCUAAACCACGAGGUCCUGUGGCGGACGCUGGACCGGCUGCCCCGUACCCGCCUGGGAAAGCUCCGCGACUGCAACACCCACGAGAGCCUGAUGGAGGUCUGCGACGACUACAGCCUCCAUGAGAACGAAUACUUCUUUGACCGGCACCCGGGCGCCUUCACCUCGAUCCUCAACUUCUACCGCACAGGGAAGCUGCACAUGAUGGAGGAGAUGUGCGCCCUGUCGUUCGGCCAGGAGCUCGACUACUGGGGUAUAGAUGAGAUCUACCUGGAGUCCUGCUGCCAGGCCCGGUACCACCAGAAGAAAGAACAGAUGAAUGAGGAGCUGCGGAGGGAGGCGGAGACGCUGAAAGAGAGAGAGGGAGAGAUUGAGUUUGAUAACACCUGCUGCCAGGAGAAGAGGAAGAAGCUUUGGGACCUCCUGGAGAAACCCAGCUCUUCCCUGCCUGCCAAAGAAAAUGGUCCAAUUCACACACUUAUCAAGAGAACAUCCCUGGUCAUCCCUACUGCCUCUGAUCUGGCGGACUCACUAAACAGAGAACAUCCCUGGUCCUCCCUACUGCCUCUGAUCUGGAGGACUCACUAAACAGAGAACAUCCCUUGUCCUCCCUACUGCCUCUGAUCUGGCGGACUCACUAAACAGAGAACAUCCCUGGUCAUCCCUACUGCCUCUGAUCUGGAGGACUCACUAAACAGAGAACAUCCCUGGUCCUCCCUACUGCCUCUGAUCUGGAGGACUCACUAAAGAGAGAACAUCCCUGGUCAUCCCUACUGCCUCUGAUCUGGCGGACUCACUAAACAGAGAACAUCCCUGGUCCUCCCUACUGCCUCUGAUCUGGCGGACUCACUAAACAGAGAACAUCCCUGGUCAUCCCUACUGCCUCUGAUCUGGCGGACUCACUAAACAGAGAACAUCCCUGGUCAUCACUACUGCCUCUGAUCUAGCGGACUCACUAAACACAAAUGCUUUGUUUUUAAAUUGUGUCUUGAGUGUUGAAGUGUGCCCCUGGCUAUCUGCCAAU